CUCCCGCAAGGUAGCGGGACUUGGUUUGCUGCUGCGGCUGCUCCGCCCAGGCCCAGCGGGGCUGGUCUCCCCUGCUGCUGAGCUGUUCCCCCGCUGGGCGCGAGCAGCCCGCAGCCCCUCGGCCUGUUUGUCGGGGCCAGGGUGCACCCUGACGGCUCCAUCCGGGCGCUCGCCCUUGCUGCCCCGUCCUGCCCCGCAGUUGCCCCUAGCCGGGGAGGCACAACGCCACCCAGCCGUGUUCCCCUUGCCCCAUGCUGGUGUGGGGGCAGGUGUUCGCAAGAGGCUGGGCCCUGCUCCGUCCUGCCCUGGCUCAGGAUGGCCGUGCCACGGGCACCCGGAGGGGAACCAGGCCACCCCGACGCGCUGAGGGGAAGCUCAAGCGCCCAGAUGCCCCCAGGGUUGCUGCCUGCCCCGGGGCAUCUCUCCAUCAGCACCUGGUCAGGAGCAGACGGGUGUAAGGGGGGGGCGGGUUGGCGCGGGUGCCUGUUCUGGCGGCACCCCCAUCCCCUCCCCACCGCUGCAGCCAGCCGCCAAGGGGGUGGCAUCCUCCAGGAGCCGCAGCCCGGGGGCACGUGGGCGCCUGAGCCACGGGGGGGAAACGGGGGCGCCGGGGCAGGGGACGGGUCCUGCUGCGCCCCCGCACGUGGCGGGGAGCCCCGGAGCCAGGUGCCAGCUGCCCCGGGCUCGGGGGCCGCGGAGACCCCGGCCCGGGCGUUGGGCAGCAAACCGGGGCCCGUACACGCGCGCGUGUGUGUGCGCGUCCCUGUCCGCGCGUGGGUCCUGGGGCCGGCCCCCUGGAGCGCCAAGGGUUAAAGGCUGGGGGGGCGCUGACGUCACCUCGGCGGGCGCCGGUUGGCCGGGGCGGGGCGCACGUCACGGCGGCGGGGCGAGUCCGGCGGGGCCCACGCGGGGUCGGGCGCGAGGGGCUGCACCGCCACGGCCCCGCGGGAGCAUGCCGCGCGCCGCCGCCGCCGACAGGCUGGUGUAGGAUGGCGCCGGCAGCCCCCAUGCCUGCCCCCGCGCUGCUCCUGCCCGCGCUCCUGGCCCUGGCCCUGGCCCUGGCCCUGGCGCCGCGGGGCACCCGGGGCUGCCCCGCCGCCUGCCGCUGCUACAGCAUGACCGUGGAGUGCGGCUCGCUCGGCCUCCGGGAGAUCCCCGCCGGCAUCCCCCCCGCCACCCAGACCGUGUUCCUGCAGGACAACGGCGUGGCCCAGAUCCGGCAGCAGGACCUGGCGGGGCUGCGGGGGCUGCAGUACCUCUACCUGCAGAACAACAGCGUCUCGGCCCUGGAGCCCGGCGCCUUCCGCGCCCAGCAGCGCCUGCUGGAGCUGGCCCUCAACGCCAACCGCAUCCACCUGCUGCAGGCCAGCGUCUUCCAGGGCCUCGACCACCUGCGCGUGCUCUACCUGGCCGGCAACCAGAUCACGCGCCUCCUCGACUGCACCUUCUGCGACCUGCAGAGGCUGCAGGAGCUGCACCUACAGGAGAAUAGCAUCGAGACGCUGGCGGAGCGGGCGCUGGCCGGGCUCUCCUCGCUGGCGCUGCUGGACCUCAGCAAGAACAACCUGCGCACCGUCACCCGCGCCACCCUGCACCCCCUGCUCAGCCUGCAGGUGCUGCGCCUCACAGAGAACCCGUGGCGCUGCGACUGCGCCCUGCACUGGCUGGGCACGUGGGUGAAGGAGGAGGGCCGGCGCCUGCUGAGUCCGCUGGACAAGAAGAUCGCGUGCGCGGAGCCGCCGCGCCUGGCACACCAGAGCCUGCUGGACGUCUCAGGCAACAGCCUCAUCUGCAUCCCGCCCGCCGUGCACGUGCAGCCGGCGGAGGCCACGGCCCGGCUGGGCGACGACCUGCACGUGUCCUGCCAGGCCUCGGGCUACCCACAGCCACUGGUGAGCUGGCGCAAGGUGGCACGGGCACGAGCGGGGCCGGCGCGGGCUCGGCCACGGGGCGUGGAGCUGAGCGAGCGCAGCCUGGGCCAGGCGCUGGACUCGGACACGGGCAGCGGGAUGCUGUUCCUCAGCAACAUCACGCUGGCCCACGCCGGCACGUAUGAGUGCGAGGCCUCCAACCCCGGCGGCACGGCCCGCGUGCUCUUCCAGCUCACCGUCAACCUGUCCCUGCACCAGCAGCAGCAGCAGCGCGGGGCCCCGGGCGCGGACGUGAGCCAGGAGCCCCUCUACGACCUGGAGAGCAUGGACUUCCAGGCGCUGAGCGUGGCCACGCAGACGGCCAUCGCCGUGGGCAUCGCGCUGCUGGCCCUGGUCGCCCUGCUGCUGCUGGCCAUGAUCGGCCGCAAGCACCGCAAGCGGAAACGGGCCAAGAAGGAGGAGAACAUCCUCUACGUCAACGACUACUCGGACGGGCCCACCACCUUCGCCCAGCUGGAGGAGUACCGGGACGCACGGGGCCACGAGAUGUUCGUCAUCGACCGCAGCAAGCCGCUCUUCGCCACCUACAAGGACCCCGAGGCGCUGAGCGGGCCCUUCCCGGGGCUGCCAGAGCCCGUGCAGGAUCAGGCCACCCAGACGCCGGAGGGGGCCGAGGAGGAGGAGGGCGAGCAGGAGCCCGGCGAGCUCUUCGUCAAUCAGGGGCUGGUGUUCCAGCCGCAGAUCGCCUACGAGAUCCACUGCUGAGGGCCCGAGCCCCGACCUUUGGCCUCCGUCCCGGGCGCUCUGCCCCUCCCUGACUUCAGCCGAGCCCGGGUAUCACCAGCAAUGGGUGCUGGGCAGCCCCCGGCCCGAGGGCUUGCUCCUGACCCCCUGACCGGAAAGCUAGCCCCCCUCCAGGACCCACUCCCGCCCCGGCCGGCGAGAGACACUGUGACUCCCCCCAGCAGACGCCCCCGGGGCCGAGCUGCGCUCAGCGGGUCCCGUCCUUUGUUCCUUUUAAGUAAAGAAAUAAAGCGACAUCGCUGUCCCGGG